AUGAGACGCUCACUAUUCUUCCUGUCCGUUCUUGCGGCAUCCAUAUCCCCCGUUUACGGUCUACCAAGUGAGCAGGCGGUAGGAAGGAGAGAUGAGGCCGAGAAACCCCUAGGCCCCGAUCCAAUGUCAACUAUUUUCAAUGGAGUCACCGUGCCCCCUAUGAAGGAACUUCGGGGACCAGAUUUUGAGGAAAGCAUAAAAGAGGAUUACUGCAUUAUCAUCCCGAUUGCGGGCACUGCAAAGCUGUUGCGCCAAUCUGGCAAACGCUAUAUGAAUUUUAUUAUGUUGACCUCCAACCCAUUAUUAUCAACUACCGCGAAGAAAGCAGCCGAUAACGAAAAGUCAUUGAACUCCUUCCAUGGUUACUAUGGAUUUCACUUCGCAUCCUUGAACUGUGCCGCAUACGCCGAUAAAUGUAAGGAGCUUGGUAUCGUCGGUUACCCGAGAUUUGUUCUCUACCAUAAAGGAAAACCAUUCGACACAUUCUCGAAGGAAAAUAAAGGGAUGCAAGAACUUAGCACUUUCAUCGAAGAGAAAUUGGAAAUGAUCAAACCAGGUUCUAGGCCUCCUGGAGGGGUAAACCUCCCCAAGCCGGGCGAUAAGGAGGGACAGAUGAUCCUACCGGAUAAAGACAAGGCAGAGGGGAACUCUGAACCCGAAAAGCCAACUAAGGGCAAUAGCAAGGACGCUUCAAAGGGAUCAGAUGAUUCGAAGGGCUCAAAAGACACAAAAACCUCCAAAGAUCCUAAGGACUCCAAGAAUCCAAAGGGCGAUAAGACUCCUGUUCAGGUCCCCACCCCCAAGAAGGAGGUCAAGGAGAAGAAGUAUAAUCUCUCAGGAUCAUCUGUUUCUUUGACUGCAGAAUCAUUCCUAAAACUUGUCACUACCACUCAAGAUCCAUGGUUUAUCAAGUUCUAUGCUCCUUGGUGUAGCCACUGCCAGGCACUUGCUCCUGUGUGGCAGCAAAUGGCUAAAGACAUGAAGGGGAAGCUAAACGUUGGCGAGGUUAAUUGUGAAGCGGAGCGACGUCUAUGCAAAGAAGCUCGAAUUUCCUCAUACCCCACAAUGCAUUUCUUCCGUGGAGGCGAGAAAGUCCAAUAUGAAGGCCUACGUGGGCUGGGUGACCUGGUUAAUUACGCCAACAAGGCAACCGAUGUAGUCGGCCUCGGUGUCCAAUACGUCGACGCAGAAGCUUUCAAGAAGAUGGAAGAAACUGAGGAGGUCAUCUUCCUCUAUUUCUUCGACCAUGCCACAACCUCCGAAGACUUUGCUGCUCUUGAUAGACUCACCCUCAGCUUAGUAGGACGUGCCCGACUGGUGAAGACUGAUAGCAAGGAGCUUGCUGAGCGAUUCAGAAUCUCUACAUGGCCCCGUCUCCUCGUGGCCAGGGAUGGAACUGCCAAAUAUUAUACCGCUUUGGCCCCAAGAGAUAUGAGAGACUUCCGCGCUGUUCUGUCUUGGAUGCAGAGUGUUUGGCUCCCUAUCGUGCCCGAAUUGACAGCUACGAAUGCCCGCGAUGUCAUGGAUGGUAAAUAUGUUGUUCUCGGAAUCCUCAACAGACAGCAUAACGAAGACUUCGUCCAAAACAAACGUGAGCUCAAGAACGCAGCAUUGGAAUGGAUGGAAAAACAGACCAAGCUAUUCCAGCUAGAGCGUCAGGAACUACGAGAUGCUAAAGACCUCCGGAUUGAAGAAGCCGAUGAUCGUAAUGACCAGCGCGCCCUCCGAGCUGCGAAGAGCAUGCGCAUCACUAUCCGUGAGGAUGAUAAGAAACAAGUCGGGUUCGCUUGGGUUGAUGGAAUUUUCUGGGAUCGAUGGGUCAAAACUACCUUCGGCGUCGAUGUGAAGAACGGAGACAGGGUUAUUAUCCACGACGAAUCGAAUCGUCGCUACUGGGACUCGUCUCCAAACGGCGUUGAUAUCAUGCCCAGCCGUACUUCUAUCCUCGAAACACUCACUCACAUUGCCGCUUCUUCUCCGAAGCUCAAGUCGAAGUCCACUGUUGGCUUCUUUGAGCACAUCUUUUUCACCACUCGUACCUUUGUCAGCUCACAUCCUUUCAUCACUCUUGCAUUGUGCAUUGUCACCAUUGCCAUCGCUUCUCUGUGGGCUAAGCGUCAAAUCCGCCGAACAAGAACCGUGACCGGAAAACUCGGAGGCUCUUCCAUGGGCUUCUUCCACCUAGACGGAAAGGAGAAAGGGCUCUUUAGCUCCGUUGGGUCUGGCCCAAGCAACGGAAAAGUCGAUUAA